AUGCUUUAUUAAGAUGAUGCUGGCACACAAUCUAUUUUAUUUAAAUAUCAAUUAUUUCUUGUAAUAAAUGCUGCAUAUAAACAAUAUUAUCAAUUAUUAAAUAGAAUGAGUUUUAAUUAACGAUGGUUUUCUUAUUUACUUUAUUCAACCAGUGUUUAUUUAAUAUAAAAAUAUCAAUUUUUAUUGAUUUAAGUUUUACCCCAUUUAUAUUAUCAUAUUUCAAUCGAUAUUGAUCCUUCUUCCACUCUUAACUUUCGUUAGGGUAUUGAGUUGGGAAGGUUUCUCAAUAAUUGUGACUUUUAAUGUAUCCGUGAGAAUGACCAUUAUUUUUAUAAAUAACUCUAAUGUUUAACCUUAACAUAUAACUUAAGGAUAUUGUAAGAUCAUUAUGACUACUGUUGCUAUUAUUACGAUAGAUCAUAUUAGAUUGCGAGGAUUAUUAUUAAAAAAUAUAUAACUGAUCAUCAUAUUGCGUUUGAAAAAAUAAUGGUUCGUAUUAAUAAGGGUUUGAUAAGUGAUUCUGAGUUUGAAGCAAUUGUAAUAAUAAAAACAUCUUAGGAACUUCAACAUGUAUAGAUACAUCUCAGAACUUGGAUUUAGAACACCAGCCAUCAUUAAUUCUCUCAAAAUAUUCAUACGAGAUUUCAAAGAUGUCCCAUCUGUCUCAGUAACCAAAUUAAAUUCUGAACAAAUCUACUCUGCUCUUGAGAUCCAUUCUCUACCCUGGCAGCCAUCAAGUGACUCUUCAAAGCUUGUCAAGGAAUUCAAAUUCAAUUCAUUCAAGGAAACUUUUGCAUUCAUGGGAUCAAUUUCUACAAUCGCCGAUGAAAUGCAUCGUAAUAUUUUAAAUUCUAUAAUUAUUAGAUUAUCCAAAGUGGAUAUAAAAAGACAACGUAGUUACUGUAGAGAUAACAACACCUGAGUGUUCGGGUGUUUCUGUAAAAGACAUUCUUUUGGCUUACUCAAUGGAAUAAUUGGCAAAUGAAGUCUCAUCUACCUAAAUCGCAACUGUAUGCGACGGGCCAAAGGUUAUCGAUACGUAAAUACUACAAAAUUGGAAUUCAAACUUCUCUAAGACUGAGGAAAUGCUCCAAAGUUUUUAGAAGACUACAGCUCAACUUUGA